AGAUCAUUUGCAGAAUCGAUCGUCUACUGGUGCUCUUUCUAAUGUUUUUGUCUUCUCUCAAUCUCUACAGAGACUAAUUUGCAGAAUCGUUCUCUCCUGUAAUCUAGGCUCAACACUUGGCAGCAGCAGCAUCAAUAAGAACCCUUCGAUGGCUAAGCCCAAGAUAGCCAAAAGAGAAUUGGAUUCCUACACUAUCAAAGGCACCAACAAAAUCGUCAGACCUGGAGAAUGUGUGCUGAUGAGACCUUCUGACUCUGAGAAGCCUCCAUACGUCGCUCGUGUGGAGAAGAUCGAAGCGGAUUCACGGAACAAUAUCAAGGUUAGUGUUAGGUGGUAUUACCGGCCGGAGGAGUCACUGGGAGGUCGACGGCCGUUCCAUGGUGUGAAAGAGUUGUUCUUGUCUGAUCAUUAUGAUGUUCAGAGUGGUCAUACCAUAGAAGGGAAGUGCAUUGUUCACUCCUUCAAGAAUUACACUAAACUUGAAAACGUGGGUACUGAGGAUUAUUUCUGUCGGUUUGAGUACAAAGCUUCUACUGGAGGAUUCACUCCAGACAGGGUUGCUGUGUACUGCAAGUGUGAGAUGCCCUAUAAUCCUGAUGAUCUCAUGGUGCAAUGCGAAAAUUGCAAGGACUGGUUUCAUCCUACUUGCAUGAACACUACCAUUGAAGAAGCAAAGAAAUUGGAGCACUUUCUAUGUUCUGACUGCCUGUCUGAUGAUAACGCCAAGAGAUCCUUAAACUCAUUACAAGUGAAUCUUGAGGCUCAGGUGGUGUCAAAGCGGAGGAAAAAUUAACCAGGACAAUUGCUCGAGUGGUUAUUAACCGUGGUUGUGCACAUUUUACAGUGAAGAGAAGAUACAAUGAAUUAGGUUUUCCUGAAUGAACUGAACUGGAAGUUGGAUCAUUUUAAUUUUAUCUAUCCCAAUAUUUGAUGGAAUCAUGUAGAAAUAAUUUAUCUAUCAGAACUAUAUUAUACCAUUUUAUUACUAGCAGGGUGGUGUGUGUAUGCUUGAAAGCUUGGCUAAGUUAAGUUGCAGGAGAAUUUGGUAUAUAAGACCCAUCGGUUUCUAGAUACUGAUUUCAAACUGCCACAUUAAUUUCUAAAUAUGUGAAUGACUAAGUUUUAUUGUUA